GUAACUGACUUUAAAUCGGGUACUAUAUCCAUGAAGAUUAAUUCUUUUUUUUUUAAAUUCCUACAAGACAUCUGAAAUAUCAAAUUUAGAAGAAAGGGUAUUAAUAGGAAAAAGGAAAUGGAUAAACAUAUAUAUAUAUAAUCAAAAUUAGAUUAUUUGAUCUUAAUUAUCUUCAAUGGAUUCUUCACCAUCAAUUUAUUUUGCCUUUCUCAAUAAAAAUAACAAGUAAACAUAAAAUAAACAAUCCAACAUAUAAAAGUUCUUAGUAGGAAAAAUUAAUUCUAAUUUUUGUUGUUUCUUCUUCUUUUGGGGCCAAAAGAGACCAGAUUCAAUUUUGGUUUCUUCAAAGGCCAAGCAUUUUGAUCUUUUUUUUUUUUUCAGGAAACCCUUUUGCCAUCUUGGAUUCCAAGUUCAAAAAUCAUCCAUGAAACUGGAGUAACCAAUAAUCUUCUUGUAGUAACAAUCAGAAAGAUACAAAAAACAUAUACAUUAUAAAAUGAAACUGAAUUGCUUUUUUUGUUGUAUGUCUGAGAGACGAUUUACCAGACGUUCAUCAUCGAUACCAAGCAUCAAAGACUGCAUUCAUGCAAAUAACAAUCUUUCUAGAUUUGACAACAUUUCUUUUAAAACAGAUAGCAGUAGGCGAAGAUACAUAUCCGAAGAGAUAGCAAAACUUGGGAAAGGGAACAUCAGUGCUCAUAUUUUUACAUUCAGAGAGCUCCGCGUCGCCACCAAGAACUUUAACCCUGAGAAUCAGCUCGGUGAAGGCGGUUUCGGAAGGGUUUACAAAGGGCACAUAGAAACCCCUGAAAAGGUUGUUGCGGUUAAGCAGCUAGACAGGAACGGCUACCAAGGGAACAGAGAGUUCCUUGUUGAAGUCAUGAUGCUGAGUCUCUUACAUCAUCAAAACCUUGUCAAUUUGGUUGGAUAUUGCGCAGACGGUGAUCAACGGAUUCUUGUCUAUGAAUAUAUGCAAAAUGGCUCAUUAGAAGAUCAUCUUCUCGAAUUGGUGCGGAACAAGAAGAAACCGUUGGAUUGGGACACAAGGAUGAAAGUUGCAGCAGGUGCAGCGAGAGGGCUCGAGUAUCUACACGAGACGGCUGAUCCUCCUGUGAUCUACAGAGACUUCAAGGCCUCAAACAUAUUACUUGACGAAGAAUUCAACCCAAAACUUUCGGAUUUUGGCUUAGCUAAAGUUGGUCCGACCGGUGGAGAGACUCAUGUGUCGACGAGAGUGAUGGGAACGUACGGCUACUGUGCGCCUGAGUAUGCUCUCACGGGACAGCUCACUGUGAAAUCCGAUGUUUACAGCUUCGGAGUCGUGUUCUUGGAGAUGAUCACAGGGCGAAGAGUCAUCGACACCAAGAAACCAACUCAAGAACAGAAUCUAGUGACUUGGGCAAGUCCAUUGUUUAAAGAUAAGAGAAAGUUCACGUUAAUGGCGGAUCCGUUGCUUGAAGGGAAGUAUCCGACAAAGGGAUUGUAUCAAGCGCUUGCAGUUGCAGCGAUGUGUCUACAAGAAGAAGCAGAAACAAGACCAACGAUGAGCGAUGUAGUCACCGCGCUUGAGUACUUAGGAGUGACCAAAGUCGAAGAAAAUAAUGAAACAGAUAACAACAACAAAGAAGGAGGAGAAGAUGAAAGAUCUAACCUUUAAGCAUUUUUUGUCUUGAUACGUUGCACAAAUCUGUAACUCAUCAUCAUGGAGUUAGGUUUUAGAGUUACAACAAGCAUUAUCAUACACAAAAUUAUUCCAACUACAUGGGGAUGCUUGCGGUUGAGGGGACCUACGAUAAGAUGGAGACCAAAACAUUCAUCCUGUAGAUAUACUUUUGAAGUUAGUAGCGUAAGAAGACAAGCCUAAGCUCGAGGAGCUUCUUAGAGCGCGGCGUUGACUUCACAGUUCUAGACGCUGAUGGAAGAACUGCAGCGAGUAGAUCCAUGAUAUGAUUCUUGGAUGACUCACUCAAAAGGCUUGACAAAAUCUUCAAUAGGUUAUUCUUACAGAGAAGUCAUGUCUGUUUUUGGUACCUACUUGAUAAAUCUCAGUUCUGUCUCUAUGUGUUACUUUUAAGUUUGGUCUAAUGUCUAAAGAUGCUGCAGCUUUAAAAUAAAGAUUGAUCUCAU